AUGUAUUUCUUAUUAAUCUUAAUUCUUCUUUUUAAUUCAAUCAUAACAGCCACAAAACAUGAUUCUGUAUUAAAAAUGUAUGAUAUCGAAUCUCAAGUGUCAAAACAUAUUUUGAACGAUGAUGCUCCAAACAAACGUGAUCAUACUAAUGAUGAUUUAACAGCAAAAGAAUACGUUCAUUCAUCCUCUAUUCUAAUAAAUACUGAAUCAAAUCAACAAAUAAUAUCUGAUUGCUCUAAUAUAUAUUCAAAUAAUCCCUAUUGUAUUGUAAAAAAUUCUAUUUAUGCAACAAAUUUGAAUGCCACUCAUCUAUGUUCAAAAAGUGGUAAAAAUAUUAAAAUGACUGUUUUAAACAAUAAUAUUCGUUUUGAUUUAAUAACAGAAAUCAUUAAUAAGAAUAAAAGUAAUAAUUCACAUUAUCAAAUAUGGAUGGAUGCCACACAAUUUAAAAAUAUUAAUAAUAAGAAAAAAAUAAAAAAUAAAACAACAAUAAUAACGAAUGAUUUAUCAACAUUAUUAGAAUAUCAUAAUUCAACUAUAAAUGAUUUAUCAAAACUAGUUGUUCAAAUUGAUACGACAGUGAAUAUUACACGUUGUCCACAAUGGGAUACAAUAGUCAAAAAUAAAACAUGUUAUACAAUUGUAUCAUCGACAAAAGAUAUGUAUUGUUUAGCGAAAAAUGAUUGUAAUGAAUUACAUAUGUUUAUUUGUGUAAAUGAAAAACAAAUGAAGAAUCAAAUGAAAAAACAAGGUAUACUAUUUUUUUUCUUAAUACUAUUAAUUUGUAUAGUAUUAAGUGUUGUCAUAUGUGCAAUUAUACGAUAUGAAAAACGAAUGAGAAUACAACGGCGACGACAAACAUUGUUAAGUAAAGCUAUAUUAUCAAUGAAUGAUUUGAUACUCAUUGAUUGA